AUGAGCGAGUGCGGCGAGGAAUUCGUGCUUGAAGCGAUACUCGAUUGUCCGAAAGUCCUUCUGAACGUCAUCAAAGCGGUACGGCUCCGAAAAAAACGGGCCACCCUCGAAAUCAGUCCGGAGGGCAUCAAAUUCAUUUCCGAAGAAGACAAAUGGAUCCAGGCUGUGGGAUUUCUGCAGAAGCAACUCUUCAAGCAGUACGACUUCAAGAACGGCGAGAGCUGUGAGGAGGUGUCAUUCGAAGUCUCUCUCGACCAUCUCGAGCACUGUCUCAAUCUCUUCAACGCAUCCUGGGCAACUUCGACCGUUAAGAUCGUAUACCCGGGGAAGGACAACACAUUUGUAUUGUUCGUUGAAGAGAGCGGGAUAUUCAGCGAGGCAGAGUUCUACACUUUCCAAUGCGACGAUCCGAUCGAACUGGAAACUAUGGACGACGUUUCGAACAGGAUACUGUUCUCGUCCGAGCUGCUCAAAGAGAUUUGGGCUGAAAUGGAUCAGACAGCAUCGAUGCUCAAGCUGGAAAUGUCAAGCGAGAAGGUCUCGCUUGCCACCGACACGAUGAGAAUUGAGAUCGGAAAAACCUCGGACGGGAUCGUUCUCUUCGAAAGUAAACAGAACCAGGAAGUGAAGUACAACAUGAAGAUCCUUCGAGCUACCCAGAAGGCCCUCAGUUUUUCCGACAAUGCUUCGGUGCGACUUUCACCCCAGGGUGUAAUGAGUUCGCAGUUCCUCAUGAAGAACGAGGCGGGCUUCGACUACUGCAUAGAGUUCUUCUGCAGGCCCCUCGACGAUUUCGACGAUACGGAGAGCGAAAUUUUGGAGGGAUCGAGCUCAGGAUCCCAAAACCAAAGUUGAUGUACAAUGUGUGAAUCUACUCCCAUGUUCUCGAUAGGUACUUGAAACUUGACACCAAGAAGAUUUAAGAUGAUCUGUCGGUCGCAAUCACACCCAGCUUCGGCUCCUGAAGCUGGCUGAGGAAUGAUUGGGAGAACCUGUGGAAUGCUCGUGGCCGUUGAUUAAAUUUAUCGGUUCUUUCGCCCUAUCAUCGAAA